CCCACAGCCUAAUAAGAAGCAGACAAUAUUUUGAGGAGGGAGGUAGGAGAAAGAGAGAGAGUGGAGGAUUAGGGGGUGUAUUUAGCAGGGUGACAUCAAUCUGGGUCCACCACUCGGCUCUGAAGCUUUUUACAAAAGCAGCAAACUGCUUGCGAGGGUCAUCAAAUAGGAGAUUAAGGUUCGAGAAUGGCGAUCAUGGGAAGAAGACCAAUUGGCUGGCUCUUGCUGCUUUGGGGGCUCGUUGCGUGUUCGGUCCUGGCAGCCGGACGGAGAGUCAAGCAGCCCCGAUGCCCAGCUGGAUGUACGUGCACCAAAGAUAACGCCUUGUGUGAGAACGUCCGGAUUGUGCCGCACUCUUUCCCUUCUGAUGUGCUCUCACUAUCUUUUGUCAAGUCUGGAUUCAAUGAAAUCGCAGGAGGAAGCUUUGCACAUACACCUGCUUUGCAACUACUCUUGUUCACGGCCAAUUCCUUUGACCUCAUCGACGACGACGCCUUCGUUGGGUUGCCGCAUCUUGAGUAUCUAUUCAUUGAAAAUAACAAGAUUGAAUCCAUUUCCCCGUUUGCAUUCCGGGGGCUCAAGUCAUUGAUUCAUUUGAGUCUGGCUUACAACAACCUUGAAAUGCUGCCUAAGGAUGUCUUUAAAGGGAUGGAUGCUUUGACAAAAGUGGAUCUGCGAGGCAACAACCUGAUAUGCGAUUGCAAGCUCAAAUGGUUAGUGGAAUGGAUGCACCACACUAAUGCCACACUGGACCAGAUCUACUGUAGCGGGCCUCCCAUCCAUCAGGGCAAGAAGAUCAAUGACCUUCUGCCGCACUCCUUUGACUGCCUCACCUCCGAAUUCGCCUCCUAUCAGUCGCUGAAGUUCGAGUCCAUUUCCGUAGAGGCCUUCACCUUUCGUGAAGAUCAGUACAUCGUGUUUGCGCAACCGUUCGCUGGCACGUGCAGCUUCCUGGAAUGGGAUCAUGUCGAGAUGACUUUCAGAAGCUUCGACACCAUUGAAAGCACUUCCACUGUGGUCUGCAAACCCAUGGUGAUCAACAACCAGUUGUUUGUCGUCGUGGCACAGCUGUUCGGCGGCUCCCACAUUUACAAACGGGACAUUUCCGCCAAUAAAUUCAUUAAAAUCCAGGACAUCGACAUCCUGAAAAUCCGGAAACCCAAUGACGUGGAAAGCUUUGUGAUCGAUGGGGAGUCCUUCUUCGUUAUCGCGGAUAGCUCAAAGGCCGGUUCGACCACCGUGUACAAGUGGAAUGGCAAUGGAUUCUACUCGCAUCAGUCACUCCAUCCGUGGUACCGGGACACAGACGUGGAGUACUUCGAGAUCUCCAACAAACCUCACUUGAUCUUGUCCAGCAGUUCCCAAAGGCCGGUGGUUUAUCAGUGGAACAGGGGCCAGAAGAGGUUUGACCGCAGAACUGACUUACCAGAGAUGGAGGAUGUUUUAUCUGUCCAACACUUUCGUGUCAAAAGUGAGCUGUUGAUAUGCUUGACCAGAUUUAUCGGGGACUCCAAGGUGAUGCGUUGGGACGGCGCCAUGUUCAAGGAGGUCCAAACAUUUCCCUCCCGCGGAUCCAUGGUUUUUCAACCCGUAUCCAUCGGCAACUGGCAAUACGCCAUCCUGGGCAGCGAUUAUUCGCUGACGCAGGUCUACCAGUGGGACACCAAGAGGGGGCAGUUUGUGCCGUCUCAGGAGUUGAGCAUCCAGGCACCACGAGGGUUUUCUCUGGUAUCCGUCGACGGGCGAGAGUUUCUGAUCGCGUCCAGUUUUAAGGGAAAGUCUCAGAUAUACGAGCAUCUCAUGAUCGAUCUGAGUGUGUAGAGUUUGGACUACCCGUCUUGAUUUCACCUUCAUUGUUUAUCUAACAUUUGUUUCAACUCUUAGAAAGUUCAGGGAGCAGCUGGAGUUCUUCAGAAUAGAUCUUGAGAAGUACAAAGAACAUAAAAUGGACUGAGGUGACUCGGGUCACAACACCUUAGAAUUCAAAGUCGGGAGAAAGCUCUCGAGUUGUCCGUUCAUCGGAUGUUCAACAGCGGUUCACUUGUAUUUUGACGAGGGUUUUACAGACUCACACAUUGAGGAAUCUACUCAGUUUUUCUCCAUCUAAAGUGGCCACAGCUUACGUAAGACCCUACGGAUGUCGCUUGAUGACAGUGUUGCUUUACGGAUGAAUGAGUCGCUAGAAGCGUCCCACUGUGUGGCCCACGUCACUCUUGCCCCCGUUUCGCCCUCAUUGACAAAAGCAUUGUUUGUGAGUACAGUACCUGUGCAUUCACAGGGUCCUCUUAUUGGUAAUCACAAUGGUAUUCGGAAAACAUUCAACUCAUUGGCUGCCAUUUACGGAAAUUGAUGUCCAAUCCAUAGUGACAAUCAUUUAAAGUCACAGCAGAAGGAUGAAAUAGCCACAUGAUUGGAUGUCUAUCAUCGUCAAUGGCAAUGAAAGAGUUAACAACCUCACAGCCAACAGUUUGCCAAAUGACUGCUUUUUUAAAAUGAAUGUAUAUAAAGUUAUUUAUAUAAAACAGAUUUUGUAGGUAGAAAUGACUACUCUGUCGAUUGUGUUUUACAUUUUUUGUCAUUCUCAAUGUUAGAGUAUAGUUAUAUGUCAUUAAAAUGCUAGAACACUCACGUUUAUGGGGUCUUAAAUUUUCUUUAUUU